AUGGCGGCCGCCGCAACGAGGGAGACGGUCAUGUCGGACCUCCCUGACGACUGUCUCGCGUCCGUCCUCUCCUUCCUGCCUCCCGCUCUCAUCGCCCGCUCUGCCUCGGUCUGCUCGGCUUGGCGCGCCGCAACCGCGUCCCCGGUGGCGUGGCAGCGCGUGCUGCCGGACCUCUGCCGCCACGCCUGCUUCACCGCGCUGCCGCUCGCCUCCCGCCAACCCCACCCGCGCGCGUGGUGCCGCGAGCUGUGCCGCGGAGUUCUGCUGGACGGCGGGGUGUUCCACGCGCGCAUGGACUCCCGAACCGCCAAGCUCACGGUGAGCGUGAGUAUAUCGAAGGCGUGUGGGGUUACGUGGAUGGGCGACCCUCGCUACUGGCACAUGGAGACGCGGGGUAACACCACUGGCGCGGUGUUUCCCGACGUGCCGCAUCUGCUCCGGGUGUGCUGGUUCGAUGUCAACGGACACGUGGCGCUACCGUUCCCGCUGCGCUGCGGGGUGUACGACAUGGCAUGGCGCGUCUCCCGCGACCCGACGCAAAAAGAGUACGCCCGCGCAGCAGGCGAGCAGCAGAGGCAUGCGGGGCGGUGGGAAAAAAUGGGGGAAGAGAGUGAUGACGACGACGAUGAAGACGAGGAGGAGGAGGGCGAGGAGGGUGGCGAGGUGGAGUUAGAGGGAGGGGCGAGAGGGGUGCAUGACGGAGAGCGCCCAGCAGGUUGGAGGGGAACGGCCGAAGCAACGAAUGUCUCGCACGUGGGCGGUGGCGGUGGCGGUGCAGAAAACCCGUUCCACCACAUGGUGGGGUUCAUGCGACGGCUGAUAGGGCGGGAUCGGGGCCAGCACAGCAGAGAGCAGCAGCAGGCCUGGGAGCGGAGGAGGGAAGCGUGGAGGCGAGUGGAGAAUCGGUGCUGGUUCAAUUGGGUGGGGCAACCUGCAUUGAGCAACGUGAGGGAGGAGGGGAGUGCUGGGGGAGGGGGGGGCGAGCAGAGGCGGCUGCGAAUCUCCGCUGCCACCAUCGCCAUGCUGCCUGACUGGACCACCCUGCCUGCCGGCCGUGUGACCAUCAGGGGGGCAACGGCAGCGGAGACGGCAGUGGCUCCCACGCUGAGCACGUUCCAGCCAUUCACGCCUCAAGCAGUCGGCUCCAUCGCGCUCCCAUUGGAAACCCUCUCCUCCGAUUUCUUCCUUUCUCCCGCCGCGACCGCCGGCGCAAGCCGCGCGAUAAACGGCGGGUGCCCCUUAGAGGGCGCGGUCGUGUGGGACGGCGCAACCUCGCAGACACCACCACCUCUACCUUCCGCCCAUUAUCCGUCCCCCGCUUACCCAUCGCCGGCGUACCCAUCACCCGCCGCUUACCCAUCAUCGGCCGCAGCGUACCCAUCGCCCGCGUACCCAUCCUCCGCGUUCUGGUCGCCGACGGGCCUGUCGCCUGGCUCCGCAGCCGCCGCUUUCGUGCAAUCCAUCAACGCGCACUCCAUAAACGUCGCUUGCUUCUAUGGCGGCGGAUCGUCUGAGUCGCCCCUGUCCCUCCCCACGGGUAUUGACUUCGCAGCGUCCUUUCAUCCCGCUUAUCCUCUCGACCAUGGUUAUAUGGACGCUGAACACGCUUCCCCCGUCGCCGCCACCGACGAAGCCGCCGCCGAAGCCGCCGCAGGCGCCGCCGCCGAAGCGCUCCCGCCGUUGCGCGAUGAUGACGCGGAUGUUUUCACCGCAGCAGCGGCAGAAUUUCGACAGCCCGCUCGCUCCUCCCAGGACCUUCCUGUGGAGGGAGAGGGAGGAAGUGAGGGAGCAGAAGGUGGGGGAGUGGAAGGUGGGGGAGUGGAAGGUGGGGGAGUGGAAGGUGGGGGAGUGGAAGGUGGGUCGGGGGAAGGUGAUACGCUGGAGUGUGGCGAAGCAGAGGGGUUUGAGCUCGCGUGUGGCGGAGGUGACAGGGAGGAGUGCGGGGACGAGGAGGAGGAGGAGGAAGUGGGGGAAUAUGAGAGGGAUGGAGAAGAAGACGGGGGCAAUGGGGAGGUAGCGGGUGCCAUGGUUGCUUGUUCCUCCCUUGCUUCUGCCUCCCUUGCUUCUGCCCGUCCAGAGCAACUCAUCGUUCUGCCCACCUCAGGGCUGAUCCACGUGCAGACACCCGUGGUGCCCACAUCGCUGCCAUUCACACUGCAAGACAUGAAUGUCAAGUUCAGGGACGUGGCAGCAGGCACGGCGAGAGUGGUCACGCCUAUGGGUCACGCAGCUGCCACUUGCCACGGAUGCUCCGUGCUCGACCGCCUGCUCCACACCAACGGUCUGUACGACACACGUCUGGAGGUGCAUAUGGGGGCAGGCAGCGAUGCAGACGUGCACGCCGUGCUGCUCACACGCUUCAGCUCCCACGUGCCACAGCCACAGCCACAGCCACAGCAGCCACAGCAGCAGCAGCAGCCGCAGCAGAAUCAGCCACAGCCACUGCCGCUGCCUCUGGGCAUGGUGGUUUCUGAGACGCCCAAGACAGAGAGCACCACCGAAUCCGGCCUGGUUUGCAUCUCCUCGGUCACCGGCUCGGGGCAGCAACAGGCGGAGGGAGGGGCGAGGCGAGGCGCGGAGCGGAAUGGCAGCAGCAGCAUGAGCAACGCCGUGUGGAGUGCUAACGGGUGCCAUCCCCGGCCUGUGGUCCGUUACGAGCACAGUAGCCGCAGCAGGAGCUGUAAGGGAGGGGCAUUGACCGAGGUGGGGGAAGAAGGGGAGGGAGAGGAGGGUGAGGAGGAAGGGGGAGAUGGGGCGGAGAGGGAUGAAGGAGAGGAAGAGGGAGAAGAGGAAGGGGAUGUAGAAGAGGAGGCGGAGGGUGAGGAGGAGGGGGAGGAGGAGGAGGAGGAGGGAGGUAUGCACUUCCUUUCCGCCCAUGCCUCCCCACCCCUUCCCUCCCUUCCCCACCCCACCCCACCCUAUCCCACCCCCCUCCACCCGUCCCUACCGCUCCCCACCGCUCCCAGCCUACCAGACGACUCCCCGGCGUUCAUAGCGCAUCUGCUGCUGCACUACGAUGAGCAGCGCCAUGGGGACGGCUUCGUGCUCUGCCACCACUCCUUCAGCCCCUCGCUGCACCUCUCCCGCCUCCACCCCUUCUUCUCCCACUGCCCCGCUCCCCCGCAACCCUCCGAAUGUCCCAGUACCUCCCCGCACCCCUCACAUGGCGGUUCCCCUCAACGGCGCCCCAACCACUGCUGCCCUGAUUCCCCUCACUACUCCGACUGUCCAAUUCCUGAUUCUCCUUGUGCUACUGCGGCUACUGCCAUUCCUUCUGCUCCUUCUGAGCCUGCUUCUGCUCGUCCUGGUUCCUUGUUGGGUGGUGAGGAGUUGAGUGCGGUUGAGGGCGAGGAGGAGAGACGAAGGGGGGUAGAUGAGGGCUGGGAGGAAGGGGUGGAGGAGGAGAUGGAGAGGGGUUGGCAGGGGUACCAGGCUGCUGUGUGCGAUGAUGCAAGGGAAAAGUCGGGCCGCAUUCAGCUGCCCGACCUCGCAAAACAUUUCCACCUGCCCAUCAACGAGGCUGCCCGGGAGCUGGGCAUCUGCCCGACUGUCCUGAAAAAGAUUUGCCGGCGCCAUGGCAUGCGGAGGUGGCCGCAUCGCAAGAUUCGCAGCAUAGAGCGCAUCAUAGCGACUCUCGAGGAAACGAUCGCCGGAGGGGCGCCAGCGGACGAGAGCAUUCUGCGGGAGAUCAAGUCGCUCAAGGAGGAGAAGAAGCGGCUGUGCGACGGGCACUUGGGAGACCUGUGA